UAUACCACGUCAUUUUGUCAAUUUGUAGAAUUGUAGCUGUCAAAAGAUAUUUGUACGGUAGAAAUGUAGUUGUUGUUAAAAUUAUUUGACAGACACAAAGUUAUUGAGAUGGACACGAUUUUUCAUCAGAAUACAUACUCUGUUUUCCAAAAAUGACCAUAGUUUAGUUGAUUUCUUCGUCGUUGUUGGUAUUGUUAUUAUAAACAGGUCAAUUGGAAACAUAUUUCUUCUUAUAAUUCGAAAAAAAGAUGGGAUCCCCAAGCAAUGGGAUCUACAUUGUACAGGGGGAGAUAUCGCUGGUUGUGAUGGCCAUGCGUCGCUCAGCACGCUGGACCUCCCAUUCACACAGGGAUGACGAUGGCGACCCACUUAUUGCCAGCUUCUCACAGUUGAAAGAUAUACUUAACAAUAUCACAGAGCUGCAUGAGGUAGAACCUAAUGCAUUUUUGAGCCCAUUUCUGGAGGUAAUUAGGUCGGAAGAUACAACAGGUCCUAUCACAGGCCUGGCUCUCACCUCUGUCAAUAAGUUCCUUUCAUAUGGUCUUGUAGAUCCAAGCCGUGAUGAUGCCGCCCCAGCAAUAGAAAAUAUUGCGGAUGCUGUAACACACGCCAGAUUUGUGGGUACUGACCCGGGCUCUGAUGAGGUUGUUCUCAUGAAGAUACUCCAUGUGUUGCGGACAUUACUGUUGUGUCCAGCAGGAGUCCUGUUGAAUAAUGAAUCUGUCUGUGAGAUUAUGCAGUCCUGUUUCAGAAUCUGCUUUGAAAUGAGACUCAGUGAGUUGUUGCGGAAGUCGGCCGAGCACACUCUAAUGGACAUGGUUCAGCUGCUUUUUACCAGAUUACCUCAGUUUAGGGAAGACCCUAAAUGGAAUGCAAACAUGAAAAAGCUGAAAAUGAGGACGGGUGGAGUUGACCAAGCAAGAAUGGGCAGGAGGAAGAAGUCUCCCAAGCCUAAACAGAAGAAAACGAAGCAGACCAACUCUGCCUCACAACCAUCCAGUCAGCUCUCAACUACACUGGAGGAGGGAGGGAGGCCACCUAAGGAGGGGGAGGAGACUCGAGAGGGUCCCAGCACGAAGGAACAGGAACUAGAACAGGCGCUGAAUGAGGAGAGCGAAAAUACUAUAGAAAAGCAGGAGUGUGGCAGUGUAGGAGGGGAUACAGUAUCUGAGGGCCAGGAUAGUGGGGUGGAUCCAGGCACCGCAGUAGACCCGGGUGUGGCAUACCUGGAAGCCACACGGGAGAGUAUAGCCACAACACCUGUAGAGGGCACUACAAUAAUUGACAUUGUUAAUGGUUUCCAGGCUGCUAGUGAUAAUGUAUAUGAUGAGUCUCGGGAAGACCUGAGCCUGCCACCAGUUGAAUCCCUUGGGGAGGUCAACAUGUGCGGAACCAGCUCCUCCACAGACUUUAAGGAACAUAUCUCCCUAAAUAUACCUGAGAGUGAGAGCCUGGUCAGAUCAGCAAGUGAGAUGAGUCUGCCAGUGUCCCAGUCAGAGACAGAGCGCGAUGAGGAAGACUCCCACAAUAUAACUUCUGAGACACAAGAAUCCCAACCACUAGACGUCUCAGACACGAGCACCCAUGAGGGGGAAAUAGGGGAAAAGGAUGAGAUGGUUAACCCCAGGGGAGUACGCUUCAUCCCCCAUCAACACCACCACAAUGAAGGUGUAUCGUUAAUCCCGUAUGGUUUGCCAUGUGUACGAGAGCUGUUCCGGUUCCUGAUCUCGCUGACCAAUCCCCUGGAUCGGCACAACACGGAUGUGAUGAUUCAUAUGGGCCUCAGUCUGCUCACUGUCGCCCUAGAGUCGGGGGCAGACCACAUUGGCCAUUUCUCCUCUCUUGUUUUCCUUGUAAAAGACGACAUGUGCAGAUUUAUGUUCAUGUUGGUGCAGUCAGAGCGGCUGUCCCUAUCAGCAGCAGCCUUGCGGGUCUGUUUCCUGCUCUUUGAGUCCCUGAGGGCCCAUCUCAAACUACAACUUGAGAUGUACCUGACCCGCCUGAGUGAGAUCAUUACAUCCGACCAUCCCCGGAUCACGUACGAGGUGCGGGAGCUGGCUCUCGAGUCGAUCGUCCAGCUUUGGAGAAUACCAGGGCUAGUCACUGAGCUCUACCUGAAUUAUGACUGUGACCUUUACUGUACAAACCUCUUCGAGGACCUCACGAAACUCCUGUCAAAGAAUGCCUUCCCGGUGUCAGGACUGUUCUCUACCCACCUACUGUCGCUGGACGCCCUGGUCACAGUGGUUGAUGGGAUUGAGCAGCACUGCCACACCCGCAUCCUUACCGCCACCAAACCCCAGCAAGACCUCACUGAUCCUGCAGGGCCAGAGGAGACCGGUUCAGGGGAGAUGAAGGAUGUGGUAGGGUCAGAUAAGGUCAUUGGUCCACCCACCACUGGCUAUGCCAUGGCUAAAAAGAUCAUGCAGGCCAAGGAUUUAGUUCCAAAUAAAAAAGGAAUUGAGCCUAAAAAGGGACCUUUCAUUAAGCCGAACAGGAUGAAGGUUUCUGAGCACCUGCCGUCACAUGAUGAGCUGAACGCCCUCAAACAGAGGAAAAGGGUGUACAACACCGGUACAGAGUACUUCAACCAGAAGCCAGGAAAGGGAAUCCACUAUCUGCAGGAGCAGGGCCUCCUCAAGGAUCCCCUUGACCCCGGGGAGGUCGUCAACUUCAUCAAGGAAAACCCUAAAAUAGACAAGAAGGUCCUCGGGGAGUUUAUCACCAAGAGAAACAAUACACCCUUGCUGGAGGCUUUUGUUAAGUCAUUCCACUUUGAGGACCUGCGUAUAGAUGAGGCCCUUCGACAAUACCUGGAGGCAUUCAGACUUCCAGGGGAAGCCCCUGUCAUCUCCAUGGUGCUAGAUUGCUUUGCAGACCAUUGGCAUAAAUCUAAUGGGGAGCCAUUUGCAAAUGCAGAUGCAGCUUUUACCUUGGCGUACGCCAUCAUCAUGUUGAAUGUGGAUCAGCACAACCACAAUGUGAAGAAACAAAGCAUUCCUAUGACCAUUGAUCAAUUCAAGCGAAAUCUGAAGGCGACCAAUGGUGGCGAGGACUUUGAGGGUGAGAUGCUGGUGGAAAUAUACCAUGCCAUUAAGACUGAUGAGAUUGUUAUGCCUUCUGAGCAGACAGGGCUGGUCCGGGAGAACUACCUGUGGAAGGUUCUCCUAAAGCGUGGGGCCCAGCGGGAUGGGGGAUUCUGUCAUGCUCCCACUGGAGCAUUCGACCACGACCUUUUCACCCUGAUCUGGGGACCAACAGUUGCUGCUCUCUCAUUUGUUUUUGACAAGUCAUCCGACGAGGCAAUCAUAUCUAAGGCUAUAUCUGGCUUUAGGAAAUGUGCAAUGAUAUCUGCCCACUAUGGCAUGAGUGAUGUAUUUGACAACCUAGUCAUAUCCCUGUGCAAGUUCACAACUCUGCUGAGCACAGCAGAGGCCCCAGAAAAUAUCCCCAUCUCGUUCGGUAUAAAUAUGAAAGCCCAGCUGUCCGCUCGGACAGUGUUCACGCUGGCCCAUCGGCAUGGUGACAUAUUGCGGGAGGGCUGGAAGAACAUUCUUGAUUGUAUGUUGCAACUCUACAGGGCAAAACUCUUACCCAAGUGCAUGGUUGAGGUGGAGGACUUUAUCAGCCCUACAGGAAAGAUCUGCCUGGUAAAGGAGGAGAGCCAGGGGUCAAACCAGCGGUCCGAGACGGGAGUGUUGAGCAGUUUUUACUCGUACUUCACAAUGGCAGAGUCUCCAGGCAGCAAGGGUCCCAGCCCCGAGGAGGAGGAGGCCACCAAGGCUGCCAGCAAGUGUAUACGAGACUGCCAGCUAGAACAACUCAUAGUGGACAGCAAGUUUCUCAGAGAGGAGUCAUUACAUGAGCUCAUCAAGGCCCUGAUGUUAGCUUCAGAAGGUGAAGAAGCCCAUGAGUCAAAGGGAACCAACUACGAUGAGGACGCAGCCGUGUUCUUCUUUGAGCAGUUCAUCACCUGUAUACUUCAGAACAGGGACAGAGUGACCCCUAUAUGGGAGUCAGUGAAGGAGCACAUUUAUAACCUGGUGGUGAAUGCUCCAGAGCGCACGUUCAUGGUGGAGCGGACAGUGGUGGGGCUGCUCAGAAUCUCCAUCCGUCUGUUACGGCGGGAAGACAUUGCCCCACAGGUGUUAAGCUCCAUCCAGGUACUGUUGAUGAUGAAACCACAGGUGGUGCACAGUGUUCAGAUAUGUCAGCAGGUAUCGUAUGGAUUACAUGACAUGUUGCGGACGAACGCAGCCAAUAUUCAUGCAAGCCAGGACUGGUACACACUGUUCACGCUGUUGGAGGUUGUGGGGGCAGGGGUUAACCCCCCACCUGUGCUUCAGGUCAAUUCUGGGGUCAACCUGCCAGAGGGACUCAGAGAAGCAGAGGCCCUGAGUGACAGUGAGCUGCCAAGUGGGAAUGGUCAUCGGGUGGGCGGGGAUCGGGACUACAACUCUGACAGCGAGUAUGAGAUAAGGAACCGCCCCAAUGCCAAUAACUCACACGGGGAGUUUGAGGUGCAGGCAGUGCCUGAGAAUGGAUCCUGGAUGCUGGUGAAUAAAGAUGAGCCAUUAUACAAAAAAUUAGCUCCAUACAACCAGUACAGUAUAGAGCUUAACGAGCCCGUACAUUUCUGUGAUAGCAAGUCGUUGUUGAAGUCCUCAGAGACCUUGUCUUUCCUGGUGCGAGAUGCCGCCCAUGUAACGCCUCUCAACUUUGAGAGCUGUGUACAUGCCAUACGAGCUUUUGCUGAAGCCUCGCUCAAUGGAGGUCAUAAAAAACAAGCCAGCCCACCACGUAAUGUGAAGGAUAAGAAAGGUAAACAAAAGGGUAAGACAAAACACAUGAAGAAGUCUAGCUCAUCCCCAGGGCAUCUGCACAAUGCCACGGGCUCGGACGAUGAGGGGGAGGGAGGAGAGCUGCAGGCAGAACUUCACUCACUCUCCAUACAGCUACUAGAUCUGAUGCACACUUUGCAUACCCGAGCCAACAAUAUCUAUUCAUCAUGGGCAGAGGAGGGUGGGAGCUCAGAACCCGGAUCAUGUUUUGACAUGGGCUCAGAGUCUCUAUGGGUCAAGUGCUGGUGCCCACUUUUACAAGGUAUAGCCCGGUUAUGCUGUGAUUCAAGAAGACAAGUUCGGGGCCAGGCCCUUACCUACCUACAGAGGGCGCUGCUUGUUCAUGACCUUCAAACAUUAUGUGCUGUUGAGUGGGAGGCAUGCUUUAACAAGAUAUUAUUCCCCCUGUUGACCAAGCUUAUGGAGAACAUUAACGCCGAAGACCCGUCCGGUAUGGAGGAGACGAGAAUGAGGGCCUCCACCCUGCUCUGUAAGGUGUUUCUACAGCACCUGACCCCUCUGUUGUCCCUGAGUACGUUCACAGCCCUGUGGCUCACCAUCCUGGACUUCAUGGACAAGUACAUGCACGCUGACAGGAGUGACCUGCUUGCUGAAGCGAUUCCUGAGUCCCUGAAGAACAUGUUGCUGGUGAUGGACACUGCAGGGAUAUUCCAUUCCGGGGAAGAGUGUGAGUCCCAGCUAUGGCGCCUCACCUGGGACAGGAUCACCACAUUCCUCCCGCACCUCAAGGAUGAGCUAUUCAAACCAGCACAACCUAUAGCUCCUGAGCCAACGAAGCUGCACAUGGAGCGGGAGGAAACUCCUACACCUGAGCCCAAGGAGUCAGCCCCCCUGUUGACAGGAGAAACCACAGAACAUGGGGAGACUGGCUUGGUGAACCAUGCAGAGGAUAAUGAAGAGAGGGCAUCAUCAGUCUCUAAUCAGUCCUUUCGGCCCACGAGUCCUGAAAACAUGGCUAGUCUCACAGCAGACCAGGGUAUUCCCUCGGCAGCCUCCUACUUCCUGCACACACCAUUACCCACAGUUCCAACCUCAGGGGGCGUCUCAACAACUUGCACAGAAACAACAAGUCAAGUGAGGGACGUCCAACAAAGUUUCCCAGAGGGUCUUUCCAAAAGUUCAAGUGAGCCAAUGUUGGGCCCAGCAGUACCUCUAUUGUUGAACCCUGAGUUAAUGAAAGGUACAGCCAUACAUAUAGUGUCGCCACAGGUUCAUAAAACAGCGGGGUCUUUGUACCUGGGAGUACACAACACAGUUUCCAGACCAGCAGACCUACAACCCCUCCCCAUGGGCAUGCAGAACACUCCCACAGCCAUGGAACGUCCGGAAGCCCCCAAGGGCACAACCCAAUACCCCAUGGACACGGAACAUCCCAAGGGCACGCCCAUGUCCACAGUCCCGGUAGAGAUUCCCCACUUGCCAACUAUCCCAUGAACAGGGUCCAUGAUAUAUGAGGAUACAUUCUAAUAAAACAAUAAAGGCUGACAGUUGUCGUCUGUUCCCACAAAUCAAACAUCACAGCCAAGAUGCCAGGAGUAUGGAUUAUCUUACGAACUGUGAUGAGAUAAACUGACCACUUUCAUUUCUUAAUUGACAAAAAAGUUACCUUCAGACAGUGCAUGUAUUAAAAUUUACCUGAUAAGUGAUUUAGGAAUGACUGUCUUUGCUGAAGCUAUGACAUAUGUGAGAUAUCAUCAGAAAAGGACUUGAGAUAAAUGAUUGAAGUAGUGAAAAAAAUCGUUUUGUUUAAAGGGGUGCUGUUUUGAUUUUUUUUUCUUUUUGCAGUAUUUUUUUUAUAAGAUUGAGUCUGUAACAGGAACAGGUACUUUAUAUAACAUCUAGCGGUGCAUUGUAUGAGUUUUCUUUUGUAAUCUUCUAUCAGUACAAGAUGUAGUUUUCAAGUAUACCAAAAUUCAUUAUCAUAAAAUACCAAAUUGUGUGAGGUAAUUCAAGAUGGUAUUUACCUGUACACAAUGAAAUUGUUCUACUUUUAUUAUUUUAAGAUUAUUUCAGAAUUUACAAGGUCAUAUUCAGAGAGUUAUUGCACAUUAUGUCAUAAUGUGUCCCUGACGUUGGGAGAAUUUUAUGUCCUUAAUUCUUAUAUUUACAAGCUCAUAUUCAGGGGCUUAUUGCAAAUAAUGUCAUAACGUGUCCCUGAAUUUGGGAAACAUCUUGGUCUCGUAGUUCUUAUUACAAGGUAAUAUUCACAGUGUUACUGCAGAUUUCAUAAUGUGUCUGUGAAGAAGCAAAUUCUUGGUCCCCUAGAUGAACAUAGCCCCUAAAAAUAAGCAAUAUGAAGCCAUUUGCACUGAAUAUGAGAAAGAUGUAUGUAGAUGUACAUGUAUCGAAGGACCUCAAUCAAUCCGCAGUUUUAUGGUUACCUUUUGCUCGAGUUACAGCAGUUAUAUUGUAUAUCAUACGUUAAUGCCUCAUUCGAUAUUGUACGCCUUGUUGUAAAGGUAUUGUGAUAAGUUUUACUUAUGUUAUUUUAGUGCAAUACAGUACAAGCUAGUUUACUAGAAAUGGUAUCAGUGUCCCUGGCGAUGAUAUCAGAGUUACUGAUGAUGGUUUCAGUGUUUUCAUGAUAAUUUCAUUUGUUUUGUUAGCAUUUAUUUAGGAAAUUUUAACGAUUGAUUUCGUGUUAUACGGCUGAUAUUACUUCAACACCACUAUUGUUUUUCUUCUUAAAACACAUGUAGGUGUUAUAUAGACGAUAUUAGCGCACACUAUACAAGUAUAGACGGAGGUCAAGGUGUAUAUUUAGAUUUGCUGACCUGAGAGAGGUACUGGUAUUGGACAAGAAGGAAGUUCAAUUUUAGAGGUCAGCAAUACUACUUAAACCUAAACAUUUAUAUUGUAUACAUUUUAUCGAAAUUUUGACAAAAAAUUAAAUUUGUAAUGUUAUUAUGUGUAGAAAGGUCCACACAUAUUUCUGAGGAGUCUCAACCAAUCAAAUUUGCACAAGCACAUCAAGUAUGCAAUAUAUGCUUUGAAGGAAUUGAAUAUCUCUUAACUUUUGAUCAUGAAAUAACAUAUAAAUUUUGUGUGGUACACAAGCUGUCCCUUUUUUAUAACAAUCUGUAUGGUAUAUAGUAGUUCACCUUUUCAUAGGUUUGGUUAUCAUUUUGUUGAAGUCUUGGUUUUGUUGUUAGUGUUUAUUAAGUCAGACUAAGAUUUAAAGGUUGUACGACAGUCUGAUUAUAAGAAAAGCUAACCACAUUAUUUCCAUUACUAAUGAAAACUUCUGUUGAAUCAUCUCCUGCCAUCAACAAGCAUUGGCACCAAUUAUAUUGCUCUUGUUUCAUAUCCUUUUACGUCAUUUUAUUUUUUUGUGUUUUUUUUUUUCACAAAUACAAACUAUUUUCCUUCUUUUGAAAAUGUCAACAUGUUUUUUGUAAUUAUUUCACUAAAAUAAGAAUUAAUGACACUGUUUUUGUUUUCUGGUAUUGUGUAGUGAAAUGCGUUUUAUAUACUAUUCUGCUCUUAUCCGUUGAAAUUGUACAUUCAAGAUUUUAUUUUUAUGUGACAGUUCUGUUGUAUUUAUUGACAAUGAUUUGAUCUAUGUGUAAUAAAACAUCAAAAGAUGGCAAUGAUU